GCAGGUUAACAACAGGUUGCUUGCUUUGGUCUGAUUUAUUUUUGUUUUGAAAGAAUCAAAGUCGAGGCACAACUUAAAGAAUGAUUUCAUCAAAGGUUAUCGCAGCUCUUGGAAGGACUUUGCCUCAAGCAGCGAAAAAUGCCACCAACACAUUAAAAGCUGCCAGCUUCGUUGCUGCAAGAAACUUGUCAACUUCCAGACCUAACCAUGCUGAAAAACAAGGAGCUGCAGAGCUUUCUUCCAUUCUUGAACAAAGAAUUCUUGGAACUGCACCAUCUGAAGAUCUCACUGAAACCGGAAGAGUUCUAACCAUUGGUGACGGUAUUGCUCGUGUUCAUGGACUUCGUAACAUCCAAGCUGAAGAGAUGGUGGAAUUUGAAAGUGGAUUAAAGGGUAUGGCUUUGAACUUGGAAAAGGACAACGUUGGUAUUGUGGUGUUUGGUAACGAUAGAAACAUCAAGGAAGGGGACACCGUUAAACGUACUGGAGCCAUCGUGGAUGUUCCUGUUGGUGAAGAAAUUCUUGGACGAGUUGUGGAUGCUCUUGGUAACCCCCUCGAUGGAAAGGGUCCCUUGAACACCAAACUCCGCAGAAGAGUUGACAUCAAAGCUCCGGGUAUUAUUGCUCGUGUUAGUGUGAGCGAACCAAUGCAAACUGGGUUGAAGGCCAUUGAUUCACUUGUGCCUAUUGGUCGUGGACAGAGAGAACUGAUCAUUGGUGACAGGCAGACUGGUAAAACCGCAGUUGCCAUUGAUACCAUCAUCAACCAAAAGCGGUUCAAUGUUGGAACUGAUGAGAAGAAGAAAUUAUAUUGUAUCUAUGUUGCUGUCGGGCAGAAACAAUCCACCAUCACCCAACUUAUUCAACGACUUGAGAGCACUGACUCCAUGAAAUACUCGAUUGUGGUUGUUGCAUCUGCUGCAUACGCUGCACCACUUCAAUAUCUUGCUCCAUACUCUGCUACUUCCAUGGGUGAAUACUUCCGUGACAACGGCAAGCAUGCUCUCAUCAUCUAUGACGAUUUGUCAAAACAGGCUGUUGCGUACCGUCAAAUGUCUCUUUUGUUGAGACGACCCCCCGGUCGUGAGGCUUUCCCUGGUGAUGUCUUCUAUCUUCACUCUCGUCUCCUGGAGCGAGCAGCUAAGAUGAGCGAUGCUUUCGGAGGUGGUUCUCUCACUGCCCUCCCAGUUAUUGAGACACAAGCUGGUGAUGUGUCCGCAUACAUUCCAACCAAUGUCAUCUCCAUUACUGAUGGACAGAUUUUCUUGGAAACUGAAUUGUUCCACAAAGGUAUUCGACCUGCCAUUAACGUCGGUUUGUCUGUCAGUCGUGUCGGAUCUGCUGCUCAAAUCAAGGGAAUGAAGCAGGUCUCUGGUACCAUGAAGUUGGAUUUGGCCCAAUAUCGUGAAGUUGCAGCUUUUGCGCAGUUCGGUAGCGACAUGGACGCCGCAACACAACAACUGCUCAACCGAGGUGUUAGGUUAACUGAACUUCUUAAACAGAUCCAAUACUCCCCCAUGGACAUUGCUGAACAAAUUGUUUCCGUAUUCUGUGGAGUACGUGGUUACCUGGAUAAAGUCGACCCAACCAAAGUCACAGAUUUUGAAACUGCUUUCCUUGCUCACAUGAAAUCGAGCCACGCAAAGAUCCUGGAUUCCAUCAGAAACGAGGGCAAAAUCACGGAAUCGACUGAAGCCGAGUUGAAAGAAGUUGUUGCCGCAUUCGUCAAAUCUUUCUCUGCUUGAAACAAAACUCUUGCUGUAUUUUUUGUUCAUGGAAAAUUAUUUAUUCAAAAGUUCACUCUGGCCAAAUUUCGAAAGGUUCCGCCUAUUUCUACUCUAUACGCUUAUGUAAUCCUGAAGUGCUGUCAACUUACAAGUUUCGAAUGUAAUUCUUUCCGUUGUUUCAAAAGUUUGUGGUUCGUGCCAUUUACUACUGGUCG